UCGAAACAGUAAAGCUGAAGACGACAUUAACAAAAAUAGUUAAUACACACCGGUGAAGUCAAUAUUUAUAUUUAUAGAUAAUAAAUAAAGCAUUCCAAGCAAAGAUGAUAACUGACGUCCAAUUAGCAGUUUUCUCCAACGUUCUCGGAGUCUUUCUAUUUCUGUUGGUGGUCGCCUACCAUUACAUUAAUGCUAAUACUGCAAAAAUCGCGAAGGCAAAGUAAAUUGUUUAUUUAAAAGUGGAGUGCAGACUGCUAUGUUGAAUAUAGCAGUUACGCCCUUAAUUUAUACAACAAAAAUAAGUUCUAUUACAUAAAAAUAAAAACAAUGUAAAUUUAAAA